GAUAUUGACCUAUUUAGUGGGGGUCUUCUUCCUUGUUACUUUUGCGGCUCUUGACAGGAUGUCCAUCCGCCAAGAGCUGAGGUGUGCCAAUUUUGGCUUAAAUUAUUUCAGGGAGGAUGUGUUCUACUUACCACAGUGGAACUGGCCUCCCAUGGUCUUCAUAAUCUAUAGAGUGGUGAUGGCUCUUUAUUGCAUGGUCUGGGUCAUAUAUGCUGCAUCCAUUUCUCCUACAGCUAACCUAAAAGAGCCGUGGUGGGCCUGGUUGACUAACUGGUCGUAUAUUGUAUUAACAUGCCACAUGGUGCUUGCUGCGGCCAUCUCCCUGUGGCAUACACCUAAACGUUGCAGCAGGAAUAACAUUGGGAUUGAAGCAGGUGGGGGUAAUUCAAAGGACACGGCCCAGCAGGACCAUACUUACUACACCAAUCCUGCUGUUAGCGCAGAUGCCGCCAUAGAUACCACGACAGAUACCACCACAAGUGCCUCCCUUGGUCAUGGCGCCUCCAGCGGUACCAACCUGGUGGACACGGAAAAUGGGGCCAAAGAGACGUCAGCGUCGAUUCGCUGGUACAUGAAACUGGAUUGGUUGCUGUGGACUGUUGCGAGUGUUUGCGCCAUUAUCGUCAGCUUGGUGAUCAUGGUGUUCGCCUACCCAGUCCUGAAGGGCAUUCCGACACCGGUGGACUUCCAAGUUCAUGUGGCCAACACCAUACUCGUUCUGAUCGAUACCAUUGUCGCAGGAUAUCCAGUGCGCAUACUGCACGUUGUCUACGUGCACGCGUAUGGGUGCGUGUAUGUGGUGUUUAGUGUAAUAUACUGGGCUGUUGAUCACACUAAUGUGAUGUAUCCUGUGUUAUUGGAUUGGAAUGGUCCAGGGUAUACCUUCAUAUCUCUAGGGGUUGUGUUUCUUAUUGUUAUGCCUUUGUUGCAGUUGAUAUAUUACGGCAUUUUCAGAUUGAAAUUGUAUUGUUUGAAAAGAUCACCUGCUCCAAGUGGUGAAGUUCCACUUUAAGAAGAAGAAUUUUGAUGUGUCCAAAUUUAAAAAUAGAAACUGGAGUUAACAUCUCAGCCAUACUGGAAGUUAUCACACCGAGUAAGAUCGUGGUAUAUAUAAUACCAAUAUUUAUAUUUUGGACAUAUCUCUAUAUGCAGUAUAUCAGGGUCGUCACAAGACAAUUUAAUUUUUUUUUUUUUUUUUUUUUUUGAGUUUGAAAAGUUAAGUAUUAAUAAUUCAUGGGAACAAAUAUAGCUAGUAAACAUUGAAUACUAGGGUAAGUUUCUACUCAUGAAGUAUUUAAUUCUAAUUUAUUAGUUUUUAUUAUAUUAUGUUAAUUAGAUUUUGAGACCAGAACAAAGAAUUGUUUAAAUAUUUAUUUGAUGCAAAAAGGAUCAAAAUUUGAAAGUUUUUUUUAUUACUGUUUUUACUUAAAUCCACAUGUUAAGAGUAAUUUAACAUUAUAGCUAUUGUUAAAUGUAAUUUGUCUUUGGACCAUUUUUGGAAAUAAUUUUGAACUUUUUUUUUGUUCUAUGUGAAAGUGCUUCAAUUGGUGAUCAUGAGCAGGUGUAGAAAACGUGGUAUUGUCAUCAAAACGAAAAACAGAUGAACAAAUUUAUCUCUGAAUUUACUUUUCAAAUUUUCCCCAGCAGAUACAUGGGAUCAAUUUUUUCUAAAAAUUUACUUUUCACAUUUUCUCUACCAAAGUAGAGAUCUUUACAACUGAAGCUCUCAUGAAAUAUUAUUAUAUAAAAAUACAAUUGAUGUUAUUGCAGAAAAAAUCAAAAUAAAAGUGCCAUGCAGUGUGUCGUAGGAUUGAAAUGCUUGUAAUUAUAGUAGAGGGGGUAAAGAAAGAUGUAACAGAGGGAGCUCCACUUGGUCUCACCUCAAUCUGAUGCAACUUAUAUGCAAUAUGUGUAAUCCAAGAAACAUUUAUUAAUUAACCACGCCCAACUUCUUUUUCUUUCUUUUUUAUUUUUUUCUGGUUUAUAUACAAGUUAAUUGAAGUUAUUCUGAAUAUUUUAAUAUUUUUCUUGUGCAAAAUAUCGUUUUACAUUCUUAUGUACAUUUAGUGAUCAAAUAACACUUGUAGUGCCAAAUGUUAACAUUUCAUGUGUGAUUUAUAAAGAUCAAAGAUAUAUUUUACCUUUCUUUUUAAUUUUAUUGCCACAGCUAUGCCAUUUUUACAUGCAUGUGUAUUUCACACUGAGUAGUAUACUUUUUUACUCUUCUGUGAAAGUGUAGCGAACAAAUACAAAAAUGUGGUUAACAUUUGUUUUUCCUUUCUUGUUUUUUUGCUUCAAAAGUUCUUAUACAAAAUGUGAUAUUUUUAUACUGUUGUAAAAAUUUAAUUAACAAAUUCCACAAGGGCCUUAUCACUUUAUAUAUUAUAGUAUAUAUUUAUAGUUAAAAUAUCAUAUACUAGUAGUUUUUAUACUACCAUAAAAGAUUAUUUGACUAAUACCUUUUUAUAUUUAUUUGUUAAACUUGUGAAAAUUCAUCAAUCAAGUGCCAUAUUAAUGUUCUAGAAGUUUUGUAUGUAUAGCUUAGAAACUGUCAAAUAUUGUUUACUACACUGCCGUGAUAAAUGAACACAUAACACAUACCUGUAAAUGCCUUAUAAUAUUUAUAUAGUUUAAGAAAUGUUGUGUUUUGAAAUUGCUGUAAAGGUUGAACAAAUGCCACAUAAAUGAACAUUUUUUUAUUUAUAUAAGAGUGAAAUGUAUAAAUGACCAAUACUAUUUAGGUAAUACAGCAUGACUUUGCAUGUUCUAUGGUAUGAAUCUGAAUUAUUUGUUUUAAAAUUGACAUAUUGAAAUAUUACAACAAUAUUAAGACAGGGUCUUCCACACAAAGCUGUAUGCUUUAUACUGAACAAAGACAAGAGUAUCAGUUAUGUAUCCACGCCUUUGCCACAGUGUGACAAACCUUUAUAGACCAGGAAAGUAAUAAUUGUGAAAUCUUAAUUUAAUUUUAUGUUGCACUAAGUUGCAUAAAGUAUUAUAAAUCUGCAAUAGUGAAGGGAGUAUUUUGAUAUAGACAUUUGUAUUUUAAAGAUGGAUCAGUUAAUCAUUAGUUGUUAUACAGGAUUUUUGAAAAAUUAAUUUUUGUAUAUUUUCUAUUAUUCAUAUUAAUUUGUCUGAAAGUAUUCUGUUCUUGUUAUAGAACAUGUCAGUUUUCAAUGCUUUUUAAUGCUUAAUCCCUCAAACGCGAGAAAAUGAGUUUGUUAAAUAAAAAUGCUCUAAUUGCAUAUGCUGUGUAUGUUGUAUGUACUGUACCACAUGAAACAA